AUGAAACUGCAAAAGGAUGAGGAGAAUCUGUUUUAUGAUAAUGAAGAAUACGAAAAAAUUAAGAAAAAUACGUUGUUUAAAAUCUUACUGUCUGUUUUUAUAAAAACAUUAUUUGAAUCGUUUUUACAACCACUGUUACCAUUUUAUAUAUUAAAUUACUAUGAUAUAGAAGUAAAAGAAUUAGGGAUAUUACUAAGUUUUUAUUCGUUGUCUCAAUGUGUUAUGUGUUUAAUAAUAGGUUUUUUCUCAUCAAUAAAUAAGAAGCAUAUUUUGGUAUUUCUAAUCAUAUUUAACUUAAUAGGAAUGUAUUUAUUUUAUAUUAAAUUAAAUUUUACAUUAUUAGUAAUUAAUAGAAUUAUUUGUGGAGGUAGUUCAGUAUUUAUUGUAGUUGUUAAUGCUAUAAUAAACGAUUUAGUAGAUACUAAUGUAUGUAUAUAUUAUACAUAUAUAAAUAUUUUUAAUGCUAUUGGUAUUAUAUUUGGUCCAUUAUUAUCUUCUUUUUUUUUAACUAUAUGUAAUUUUCAAGUUAUUCUAAAUUUUAACACAUUAGGAUUAAUUGUAUCUCUUAUUAUUAUUCUUACCAUAUCAAGUGAGUUACUAACACAAAAUCAAAACAAUAUUCAAAGGAGUAUUCUUCGGGUAAAUCGCUUAGAGGGUGAAGAAGCACAGUAUAACUUAAAUGUCGAUAAAUGUUCAGAAAAUGUUCUUACGAGUAGGAAUAAGCAAGCCAAGAACAAUUUUGCAUGGUCAGAACUGAGGAAGGGUGAUAGCUAUGGCAAUACAAAUGAUCGCAAUGAUAGAAGUAAAAAUUUAUAUAAUAAACCCAUCACAGAUGGUUUUAAAAAAGGGGAAAGCAGUAUUAAUAGCUACCGGUUAAACAACAAAAGGAGUUCGUCGGAAGCGGGUUACAAGGAAAAUUUUUUUAAUUAUUAUAAUGAAGAAUUUUCAGAUAUAUCAUAUCAACAAUUUUUAAGAAAAAACGAUCAUUUUUAUAUUUCAAGAAUUACAUUAUAUGUAAAAGAAAAGUUACAUGCACUUGUUAAUGCUACCCGUACAUAUAAAUUCAAAUGUUUGCUUUCAAUUUGUUUAUUUAGAUUUACCUCAGCUUUCUCGUCAAAUUUAAUGAGCAACAUUUUUUUUGUGUUCUACAACGACAACGUCUCAUCGGAUAAUAAGCAAAUACAAAUUAGCGUUUUUGUAUCUCUGAGUGGAAUCAUAAUGAUCUUUUAUCAGUACUUUUCCUUCUCGUAUAUUUUGAAAUAUUUUGGUUAUGAUGGCACGGCAAUAAUAGGAUUGCUUAUACAAAGUACAGGAAUAUUAUUAACAUACCAUAGCAUAAAAUAUUACAAUUUAAUUUUUCAAUAUAUCAGCAUUUGUUUUAUUCAUUCAUGCUCUUAUGCGUAUAUUGAGCCAAUAAUACCAACAAUAAUUUCCUUAUUUUUUGUUAAGAAUGAUCAACUGUUUUCACAAAGUAUAGUAUCCUUUUUUAGAUAUUUAUCUUUGACAAUUUCACCUAUUAUAUAUAGCUAUUAUUAUAUAGAAAAUCAACUGUUUCCAUUUUUUAUUUCGUCAUGUGUAUCUAUUAUAUCAAUUUUUUUUGUUUUUCUCUCAUUUAAGUUUCAUAACAAGAUGAAAACGUCUUUGUCUAAUUAA